CCUGUUGUGGUUAUGCCGGGAUCCGAACACAGUGCUGGAACACAACAUACGUUUCACUGCUGUGUGCUUUAUGCGUUUAUGAGCACAAGAUUCCACGCAAUGUGAUUUUUUUUCCUCUUCAUUUUUUUGGAGAAGCAUUUUGUUUUUUUCAGAGCGACUUUUCUGAAGGUCACUGAAAGUCCUUCGUGCUUUAAUCUUCGUGCAUUGUUACUGCUUUUUUGUUUUGUUUAAUAAUGAUCAACCACACUGCCGCGUUUGAAGAACUGGACACAAACGUUUCUGAGCCGUCACAGCUUCUCUCGCUUAACCAGAGCGCUUUCCCUGCGCUUCGGCUCGAGUACAAGUCUCUGAUCACUUCAGCCACCAUGUUCGCCGUGGGCGUCCUGGGAAACCUCAUCGCCAUAGUGGUGCUGUGUGUCUCCAAAAAAGAACAGAAGGAAACCACUUUCUACACGCUGGUCUGCGGUAUGGCCAUCACUGACCUGUUGGGGACGUGCUUCACGAGCCCGGUGGUAAUCGCCACGUACGUGUCUAGCCGGUGGCCAGGGGGAGCGCUGCUCUGCCACUUCUUUUCCUUUUCCAUGCUUUUCUUCGGCUCCGCCGGCAUGUCUAUAUUGUGCGCUAUGGCUGUGGAGCGAUACUUGGCCAUAAAUCACGCGUACUUUUACUCCCAGCACAUAGACCGAACCAUGGCGCGGUUUGCGCUCCUGGUCACCUACCUGGCGAACAUCGUGCUGUGUAUUAUGCCCAGUUUUGGAUUCGGACAGCACGUUAGCCAAAUCCCCGGGACUUGGUGCUUUCUCGACUGGAGAGCAAUGGAUCCGCUGGGAGCUUGCUACUCGUUUCUGUACGGCGGCGUGAUGAUUAUAUUGAUCGCAGUGACUGUUUUGUGUAACUUGGCGGUGUGCAGGACGUUGGUGGGCAUGAACCAGAGGACAGGAAUAGUCAGGACUGAGCUGUGUGAGCAGGGGUGCUCCCGUCGACGCUUCCCUCGGCUGCCUUCGGUCACUUCUGCGGCAGAGAUCCAAAUGUUCUGGCUUAUGAUCUUGAUGACCAUCGUAUUCCUGGUCUGCUCUAUCCCAUUAGUGGUGCGAAUCUUUGUUAACCAACUAUAUGGCCCAUCUUACAUUUCUGCUGGGAUGAAGCCCGACUAUCGCAGCGACCUGUUGGCAGUCCGCUUCGCCUCGUUCAAUCCCAUAUUAGACCCCUGGGUGUACAUAUUGUGUCGCAAAAACCUGCUAUUGAAGGGCUGCGAGAAGCUAAAGAGAACAGUUAACAGGGUCAGGGAUGGAGGCGGCGACAACAUCGGCUGGGCAGAGGGUCAAAACUCUCCACAGUCUUUAAACAGCAACGAUACCAGUUACGCUUCCAUACGCACAUCCAGCUACAGAAACGACCAUCACGGACUCAUCCAGAAUAAAUCUUUUACAGACUUUGCCCUGAGACAAGCGUGGGAGUACGACACGGCCCGUGUCAGCUUUCACCCGUUCAGCGUCGAAUCGACCGCGACCCUUGGCUGUGAUGACGAGGUGGAGGGUAACUCCAAACAGGAGGCAGCCAAGGCAUCUCCAGGGCGCAGCGUAACGCCGCUGCUUCCUGCGCACAUAAGGAGAAUGGACAUCGUUACCUGCACGUUCAGCACACCGAGCUCCUGUGAGUCUGCGAAGUGUCUCUGAGUGAAGUUCACGAACUCCCGACAGCAGUUUUCAAGCACCUCGGCCAAACCGGGGAAGAUCUCCGAACUGUGACUUAAUCACGUUUGAUCGGUUUAAACCGCCAAGUGUCACAUCGUGUAAAAUAAUAUCCAGUAACAACUGCAGCAGUAAUCAGCACGUCACCAUUAACAGCAGGUAACAGUUUUCAUAUGAUUUAACGUGAGCUGAAAACUAGCAAAGUGCUUCAGGUUUGAUCCACGUGAUCCAGCGCAGCAGUUCAACAGUAGAUUGUGAACUGAAGAACCACGUCAUUUCCAAAGAAUCACAGAGACCAAACAUUUACUUCUUCAUGCUGCUUAACCUUAAAAAAAAAGUUUAGCCAGAACAGUAUGUGGUAGAUUUUUUUUUUACCGUAAUAAAAGAAAUUUCCAAACUUGGAAAUUUAAAUAUUCAUACCCCGUGGGUACAAAUAAAGUGCGUGUCAUUGUCAUUUCAUGGGUUUAAAACUCUUUAAAUAUGCGACGCCCUUACAUGUGUUGUUGCACUACAUUUCUUUUACGGGGGCGGUGUAAUUUAUUUAGUUAUUUAUUUUUUCUACAUGCUGCCAACUCGCUCAGUGCCAUGUAACAGUGCUUCAUGAUGCAGGUAUGGAGGACCACGAAUGUCUUUCGUGUUUUAAUAACUGCUGUUGUAAAAAGCAAAUGUGAUCAAAUCUUAUUUUAAAAUAAAGAAGAAAAAAACACUGUUCCCCUCACCUGUGUGAGC